GUCACCCGGAGAAGCAUCAGGCUUAGGCCAUGGCUGCCGCGGUCGGAAAUCUCUCCCCCGCUGCCAUUCUUGGCUCGGUGGCCGCCGCUCGUUUGCUGCCUCCUCGGAGCACCGUAUCCUUCAAAACGCCUUCCCUCCUGACUCGUUCCCUCCCUUCUUUGAGACCAAUUAGGCCUCCCGGUCCCCAAUUCCAAGUCCGAGCUGCGAGAACCGAGUCCGGUAGCGUCUCACUCGGCUUCAGAGCUCCCUAUUUCGAGCUUCCGGAGCCAUUGACGGGGAAGGUCUGGAAAUUGGAUGACUUCGAGCCUUAUCCUGCCUUGUUGGUGAUGUUCAUUUGCAAUCACUGUCCAUUUGUUAAACACUUGAAAAAGGAUAUCGUGAAGCUUACAAAUUUCUAUAUGGGGAAGGGGCUGGCGGUUGUUGCAAUCUCUUCAAAUUCCACAGUUACACACCCACAGGACGGGCCACAAUUUAUGGCAGAAGAAGCUAAAUUGUUUAACUACCCCUUCCCAUAUCUAUUUGAUGAGUCACAAGAUGUUGCACGAGCUUUUGGAGCUGUCUGCACGCCAGAGUUCUUCCUUUUUAAAAAGGAUGGGAGAAGGCCAUUUGAGCUGUUCUACCGUGGGCGGUUUGAUGACUCACGCCCAUCUAAUAAUGUGCCCAUAACUGGAAGGGAUUUGAGUCUUGCAAUAGAUUGUGCUCUUAGCGGCCAACAGUUAUCAUCGGUGCAAAAGCCUAGUGUUGGAUGCAGCAUAAAAUGGCAUCCAGAAAAAAGCCAGUGAUUCUUUAUAAUGUGUCAUAAUGUAUGACGUUGAACAUAUAUAUUGAGGAUUCCCCUGUAGACAUCAAACUACCAAGGAGGUGCACAUAUAGUCUUCAAGCCAAUCACUACAUCAAGUGAAUACAUGAUUGUAAAUGCUAAUCAAGUUCAUGUAACUACAGAUUUGAUGUUUUCUUGCUGUUUGCCAUGUCUUCCCAUGUUUAAAUGCCACUUCUUUUAUUGGUGAACAAAAUAAGGACAUAAAAUUCCCGACUAUCAUUAGCAACAUCAUAUCAUUUAUUCUUGC